AUGAACUUUCUUCGAAAAUUCAUAGGACUGCCUCCGUCCGACGACGUGGCCAGUAUACCGUCCGGAAGACUAUUUCUAUCCCGGUCGUUGCUGUCGCCAAAAGGCGCUCUUGAAUGUUUGUACAACGAUUCCGUUCUCACCAUCAAACAAACAUCGGCGCCGUUCUGUUACCAAUUAUGUGUUACUCGUGCAUACCAGGAAGGCGAAUUAAGUGCCAAUUAUUCGGAUGGUGACGAUGACGACGAGGGAGAUGAUGUUCUAGAUGAAGAACAACACAACACAGACGAAAGACUGUUCUUCCUUACCCCGGAACUCAAUGUGAGGCUAUACUGUAAGAAUGACGGCACGCAGGUUAUUCGUUGGGACGACAUCAGUGGGGAUCUGGGCGACUGCUACGAGUUUGUGGUCGAUGAGGAGAUCAAGAAGAACGAGGUGGAUAACUUUACUGUAUGUAUAUAUCGGUGUUUGUACGAGCUGGUGAACGAGAAGAGCGCUGCAGAUGUUCCCGAGAAGGAGUUGCGUCUGCAGUUCUGCCAGCCAUUAUCGCCCGUUCUCAAUUCCCAACAGGCCUCGUUCGAACUAUUACGGAGUUAUACGGUCAAGAGGCCCUCUGUCCCAGAACUACUCUCGCCAGAGACCAGGCUUGAGUCUGCAUGCGAUUCCGAGCUGAAGACACUGACGACUGGCGAUUUCGCAACGGCGAUGCCUCUUUCUGGAAAGGUGCUUUGCCGUUAUACGGUUGAACUACGGUCUUUUGAUGCCAAAUCCGAGGCAUUUGCCCUCCUACAACCAGAUGCAACCAUUGCAAUCACUGAAGACACAGAAGGGCUCUUUCAUCUCAUAUCCACAACCCCCGAUUAUGGGUUCUCCAUUGUUCUACUGAAACAACAAAAACUGGCCUUUUACCUGGAGUACUUGGGCCUUUCGUUCAUGUAUCUGCCUACAAACACCAACAGUGUGAAAGAGUUAAACCUAUUUUUGAAGUUCGCCGAGUCAAACGACUUCGAAGCGUUCAAGCAUGAAUAUUUAAUUUCAAUGUACCAGAAUGUUGCCCAGAACAAAGAUACCGAUGAAGUGAGAAAGGUUUCCGAGGGCUUGAGCUCUGUGAAACUUAGCAGUUCCGACUCACGCCUCGCAAAGAAUAUUUCGGCUGACUCCCGCAAAGGCUCUAUUCCUAAUUUUGCAUCCACUGCCUUGCAGGGCCACAAAGCAGCCUCCCUUAAUGAAUUCCAUUCCCCUGAAAAUCAGAAAUCUGCAAAAAGCAAUUCUUCAGAUAUAUUCUUGGGCGCGUUUCGAAAAACGGAGAAUGGAAUCGAGUUUGUUUCUGAAAUCACUGCCAUCGAAGAUACCCACGGAGUCAAGCACAAAAGUUCUCUCAACCUUGAAGAUCUCAAAAGCACGACCCUUAUUCUACAAGAUGAUCUGUCUUAA